AGAACAUCCCUCGGUGGGUGAGGGAGGGGGUAUCUGCACGAGUCUGAGCAGCGUUGUUUUUGGAUUACAUCACUACAUCGUCAGAGGCUGGCAUUCAGUCUAAAGAGGCAAGAAGAGUACAUCAGUCCGAGUCCCUUCUCACAGCUGUCAGUCCUUAGGUAGACUGCAAGAAUAAAGGAGACCCCACAGCUCUAGUGCGUGUUUGGAAUACACACCAGGACUACCUACUGCUGGGCGACACGCAGGCAUCAUGACACAGGGCAAGCUGACACUUGCAAACAAGACCACCAACGGCUCCUCCAGCGGACAGGCCUUGGUGGCGCCUGCUCCUCCAAGCUAUGAGGAAGCUACUGCAGGCGUCAGUGCUCCUUGCUACAAUGAUGUCGAGAUGCUCACAGAAUUCAACUGGGAUGAUCGCAACAUCAGGAGGGUCUUCAUCAGAAAGGUGUACGCCAUUUUGAUGAUCCAGCUCUUGGUUACUCUUGCGAUUGUGGCCCUGUUCACAUUCUGUGACCCUGUGAAGGACUACAUUCAGACCAAUCCUGGGUGGUACUGGGCCUCUUACGCUGUUUUCUUUGUCACUUAUCUGACCUUGUCUUGCUGCUCUGCACCAAGGAGACAGUUUCCAUGGAAUCUGAUCCUGCUUGUCAUCUUCACUCUCUCCCUCUCCUACAUGACAGGGAUGUUGUCCAGCUUUUAUAACACCAAGUCAGUGGUGAUGUGUCUGGGCAUCACAGCAGCAGUCUGUCUCCUGGUCACAGUCUUUAGCUUUCAAACUAAGUUUGACGUGACUUCAUACCAAGGUGUGCUUUUUGUCUUCUGCAUGGUGAUGUUCAUCUCUGGCCUGGUGCUGGCUCUCGUCCUCCCAUUCCAAUACGUACCAUGGCUGGAUGCCACCUAUGCUGCCUUGGGAGCCAUACUAUUUACCAUGUUUUUGGCAUUUGAUACCCAGCUCCUUAUGGGGAACAAGCGGUACACCAUGAGUCCAGAAGAGUACGUCUUCGCCACGCUCAACAUCUACCUGGAUAUCGUCUAUAUCUUCUCCUUUUUCCUCCAAAUCUUUGGAACAAAGAGAGAGUGAUCUGGAGAUCUGUCGACAAGAGCUGCACCAUCAUUAGUCCGAUAUGAAAAGAGUCUUUUAAGCUGUUGUUGAUAGUAGUAAUGAUGCUCCCAGUUGUAACAGCUUUAUUUAUUUAUUUAGUUUUGCCUUAUACUGAUGAAGUCAUCAAUACUUUGUACAGCUAUACACCCAAUUUGAGGUAUGUGAGUAUUCACUCACAAACUGUCUAUAACCUUUCCCUCAUUUCUAGCAUGUUUGUGGACCCAUGAUGCAAACUAUGGGUUAUUACCCAGAAACACUCAGUGAUCAGUGAUCAUCCACAUUUCAUGUAGACUUAUCAGACUGUGAGUGUUCAUACCAAACUGUGUGCAUCUCUUAUAGCCAUGCUUGCAUAGGUAUAAUACAUUUCCUGCAAAUAACAGAUGUUAAUGGUCCUUAGGAGAUACUGGUUGUACAAUAUAUUAUGCAUCACCCUUAAAAAUGUAAAAAAAUAAUAAUAAAAAAAGAAGGUCUAACUAUGCCAAAUACAGUCAUUCUAUCAUUGGACUGAUGCCGUGGGUUUUGAGUUAGUGACUGAAAGCACAAAUGAAACUUUAAAACAGCUUAAAAGAGUUAAAUAAUUUUCCUGUUUUCAGUCAUGUUGUCUUACCACUGUGAAUUACAAGGAACCCCGCUCACUACAUGGAACAGUUUGAGGGUAGGUGACAUGUUUUCUGGAUUUUGAAUGACAAUCUACAAAUGUUGUUUAUCCAACUUGGGAUUUUGCUUUUGAUUUCUGCCUUGAGUUGUUGAUUCAUAUUAGCUGUAUACGAUUUAGUCAGUACGAUGUUAUACUGUAUUCACCUUGUUGCAGUGUUUAUUGUAUGUCAUUGCAUUUGAAUCUGAAAUCUUUUAAACGAAGAUUGUUUUGACAAUUGUUUUUUUUUCACUACUUAGUUUGAACAAUCCUUCAUUUUCACCAUUAUAGCUUUCUGGAUCUGUAUGUAUACUUCUGUAGUUGGUUUGAAGUGGUGAGAAAUAGUUAAAUACAAACAUAACAGUGCCACAUGUGCAUGGAUUUACUCAUUUAUUUUUGAUAAGGCUUGUAUUUAGAGAGGGCUUUGAAAGCUAUAUUUCAUAAGAUGUGAAGUUUAUUUUUUUAUGACAGAACAAUGUAUUACAGAAAGUGUGUGAUAUCAAAUAUGUAGCGAGCUUGAUGCUUAAAAUAAAUAUAUAAGUCUUCUAAAGUGGCCUUGGAUAACCUUUAUUUGAUUCUGUUGAUGCAGUUUCAUGUUUUAGCAGCACCCUGCAUUUCAAGCUAGAAUUGAUGUUAUUGUAAUAUAGGGUGAAUGUGUAUGACUGUCACUGUGGUUCUCUCUGAUUAAAUAAA